CAGUACAGAUCAGCUGUUCUUUAUUGUCCCCAUUCUGGAGAGCUACAGCUUUUAUGGAAACCCUGAGUAAGCACCUGGAAUACCUUGGGCUUUGUGGAGAUGACACAGAAGCUGAAGAUCACAUCCUUGAAAGUUUGAAUGGGAUUCUCCUGGCUAUUACUGAAGAUAAGCAGAGAUCCUUCCACCUACUCAGAGGGAGCAGGAUCUUCCCAACUUUGGCAAAAAUCCUGACGGGCAAUCCACGAUGUGCAGUGAAAGCAGCCCACGUGCUUUCAGAGAUAGCCAAGAAUGAGGAAAUGAAGAAACCGUGUAUUGAGGCAGAUUUGGUUCUAACACUGAUACCUUUGCUGGAGAGCACAGACCAAGAGAUGCUGCUCCAUGCUGGGAGGGCCAUUGGCCGUAUCUGCUACGAUAAUCGCACCCUUCAGGAAGAGCUGGUGCAGGUUGGAGUAAUCCCAUCAUUGGUCCGAAUUCUGACUGACUAUGCAGAGAGUGAACCACUGGUCCACGUUGCUUUGUUGGCCUUGUACAACCUGGCAGACCUUGAUUCAGCCAAGGAAGCCCUAAGCACAACAAAAGUUGCUGAACAGCUGGUGAAACAACUGAGGAGAGCAGAGAGCCAUGAGAGGUUAGAAAUUGUCUUUGAGGUCCUGCAAGCACUGGCAGAAAAUGAUGCUCUGAAAGUGCAGUUGGUGGAGGCAGGUGUGCCAGAGGCGCUAUCUGAGAUCCUGCUGAGGCUCCAAGGCAGCUCACAAGCUGAAGAUACGUGCAUUGUGAAGGCUGCAUCAGAUCUCAUCGUCUCUCUGCUUCUUGGAGAUGGCAACUGUCUGCGAAUGUUCCAGCUGGGAGUCAUUCACCAGCUCCUGGAUAUUCUGGAGAAACAAAUCCAGAGCAGGGACACCUCUGUUCAGCAGGCUGCCCUGAGUGCACUGCAGAACCUCGCCGUUCCAGUUGUCAGCAAGGUUCAAAUGCUGGAGGAAGGCAUUGCAGAGCGGAUCGAGGCGCUCCUGAGGUCAGAGAGCCCUCCUGUGCAGUUUAAACUCCUCGGAACAUUACGGAUGUUAGCAGAUGGCCAAGCUGAUGCAGCUGAAAUCCUGGGCCAAGACCCCCAGCUGCUCAGCAGGCUGGUGCAGUGGUGCAGUGAGAGUGACCACAGCGGCAUCUGCGGAGAGGCAAACCGGCUGCUGGCAUCCAUCCUGCACCACAACCGCUCCCAGGAAGUGGUCAAAGCCAUCCAGGCAGCACAAGGAGUGAAGCAUCUGGUUUCCAUGACAACAAGUGAACACACUGCCAUGCAGAAUGAGGCUCUGAACGCCUUGGCAAUAGCAUCUACCAUCGAUUUAGAAACCCUUGAAGAACCUUUUAAAGAAUCACAGCUAGUUCAAAGCUUACACAAACUUCUACAAGAUGAUAAUACAAGUCCUGAGGUGAAAUACAAUUCAAUGGGCCUUUUGUGCAGACUUCUUAAUUCAGGUGAUCUGAGACAAGAAAUAGAAGAGGACAAGAUCAAAGACACCCUCGAGCUACUCUGCAGUCACAGCAAUGCAAAUGUGGUCAAGGAAGCCAUCACAACACUGCAGGUUUUGAGAGGAGAGACACCCCAGUAACCUCCCUUCUCCCACAUGGCAGGCCAGCACUGCUGAGGCAGACACCACCAGCUUGGCAACUCUUCAUUUGCCCUGCUGCUGCUCAGCCAGCACUGCUGAAGCCCAGGUGCAGCUCCUGCUUUGAAAGCUGUAUAUAAAAAACUCCUCAUUAGCACAACUCUUUGGCCUGAUACUUGCACCACUGCUGCUCUUCACUGAGCCACUAACACACAGCAGCAGGAAAAAGUCCUGUCAAGCAAAUGGUGUUAAGAAACAUCACAGGAGAAACAUCAGGCAAUUACCAGACAUGAUAUAUUUUUCAGCUGCUUGGUUUUGUGAGAUUAGCAUACACUCUUGCAAUUUUUCUUGUAUCAAUGGGACUUUAAAAUAAUUAUAUAAAAGUCUUAAGCUUUUAUAAUGCAACCUGAAACAUGAGUUAGAUUAAAGCUGUAGCUUAAACAAUGCAAAGGGCUAACUGGCACCAGUUCAACAUCUCCACAUUGUGAAUCACACUGUGAGCCCAACUGUUGGGUGAACAUGUUAAAACCAAAACUAUCUUUAAGCUAACUCCCCCUUCAAUCUCCAAUUUUAAAUCUGGUCUCUGAAACCAUACUUGCUCCUGUCACACGUUAUAUUCCUAAAUACUUGAGGCUACAGUCUUGUCCUGAUUUCAGAGUUGCACUUACUGGAAUGAGACUCUGCAGAAACAAAGUUUACAAGAAACCAGCCAGUGAACACACAGUGCUUGGACAAGACACAGAAAUGUAGGCAGGGGUAAGGAUGUGAAGGCAGCCAGUGCUGCAUUAUCAUCCAUAAGAGAACCUGGGUUUAACAAUACAUAAUGUAAAAAAAAAAAAAAAGUCAUGCUGCCCAGACCUAGGAAAUCAAAUUCAAAACCAUGAAGUGGUAGAGUGGUAGAAACUGAAAAUCUUGGGAGCAAUUACUUUUUUUUUUAGCCAGCAGAAAAGCUAUUGAGGAAAAAAAUAAACAAGCACUGAUCUUCAGAAACCUAUUAUAAAAUAAACUAUAUUUAGAAGUCAACAAGGCCUCAUGUUCUCAAUUUGAGAACCACUGGCUUAUGUCUGCAAAUAAAUAUGCCAACUUUGUUCCUGCAAAAGCUCUCCUACUUGCAAAACCAAGUAACACAACUUAGCCCGCUACAUUCAUCACCAAAUAUCACUCUCGAGUAGUCUUGAGAAAAAGAAUUUCAUCACCCCAGAGAAGUGUCAUUUGUUGAGUAACACACAAAAGUUUUGACCACAUAACAGGACAAAAGAAAAACAGCACUUGUAACUUUUUUUUUAUGUCCAGAGAUUUAAUAGUUACUCUACACUAUUGUGCAGCUCUUCACCUGUUCAUGGCUUUCCAUUAACAGUGCAGAGAAAAGCAUUAGUCUUACCCAUUUUGCAACAGCCCAAACUGAAAAGAAAAAACAUCAAGAAUUAGUUUCAGCACAAGACAAAAACAAGUACCCCUGGACCUUGACCAUUACUGAGUUACCCACAAACUGCAGUCUCAGCAGCCAGUCUAAACCUUUGAGAGUGAAAUAUUAGUGACUGGAAGCAACAAAUCUCAGGAAUCAAACUCCAGGAGUAGAAAAUAUUACAUUUUAUUUAACCAAAUUUAAGGCUUGAGAAAAAAAAUAUAUUGAAAGUCACUCAGAAAAGCCAUUUCAGAAGAGGAGACAGGAGCUCCCCUCCAGUGGCUGAACAAAGUUCAAGCUGCAUGACAAUGCACAGACAGUAAGGGGAAGAAGGAGGGAAGGAUGGAAUGGGGACACAAAACCCAAGGCAAUUCUACACAUAAACCAACAGCCACAUUGAGCUCCAUGGGCUGGGAGCACAAGUCUGUCCACAUGGCACUGCAUGAGGUCACCAAAGCUAAAGACCUCUUGGGAAGAAACAUUCAGGUUUUUACCAGGCAGCCCAAGGUCCUUUGGUCACUGCACUUUUCUCCGUGCUUAUAUUCAUUCUCCUCUUCGUGUACAGGGAAACUGUGUCCAAAUGCAGUUAUAUCAAUAAAAACAGAGGCAGCUGUGCUGUCAGACUGACAGAUACAUACAUUGCUUAAAGGAAAUAAAUUGUGCUCAUUUCUGAGAAAUAGAAGUGAUCACAUUGAAGUUUGUUUCUCUCAGUCCAGUUAUUCAAGUCUGACCUCAUUUGACAUCUUCAUGAAAAACCUUGGUUCCACUGUAGUGUUUGUGAAGUUGUUCCAAACGCACCCGCUGAAAUCUCAGCGUCAGCAAUGCAUCAAACCUCUCUGUGAGAUCACUCAAUUACUUUCCCUUUGAGGCUUUAGAGGCAGGCUCACACCCAACUGCUUUUGCUGACAAGACCUUUUUAAACCAUAACCUAUCCCUUUAGUCAUGAAGUCACUGAAGGUCCA